CCUCUCCGAAGGCUGUACGUGAGUGAGAGCUAGAAGAUCAAACACCUACCGAGGAGACAGAAAUCUAUCAUUUGAAAACUGUUUCUUUACAGACAGCAAUGAAUUUGAGUGUUGGCGUGUUGCUGGGACUGUGUCUCUGUACACGGGUCAUCGGCGUCUACUUAGAGGACGAGAGCGCCACCGAUCCUCAUUGUAUAACCGAAGCGUGCAAAAACAAGGCGCUUGCCGCAAAGCUGGAUGGCUUAAAUUCACACCUGGAGCCGAAGAUCGCGAUGCAGUGCGACUUUGUGAACAUGCACCUGGACACGACAUCGGGCGAGUGGAUACCGGACAAGAACAACAAGUCGGACUGCCUCACCGAGAAAAUGGACAUCCUCGAGUAUUGCAGAAAGGUUUACCCAAACAUUGACAUCACGAACGUCGUAGAGGCGGCCGACUCUGUCAAGAUCAGCAACUGGUGCAAGGGCGAGCACAAGCUGUGCAAGUGGCAUCAUGUGGUCAAGCCGUACCGGUGCCUGGUCGGACCGUUCCAGAGCGACCCGCUGCUCGUGCCCGAGCACUGCCUCUUCGACCACGUGCACAACGCGGCGCGCUGCUGGACGUUCGACCGCUGGAACGCGACGGCCGACGAGUCGUGCAGCAACCGCGCCAUGCGGCUGAGCAGCUUCGCCAUGCUGCUGCCCUGCGGCAUCGACAUGUUCAGCGGCGUCGAGUUCGUCUGUUGCCCCGGCAACGACGACGCAGCCGUACCGACGUCUGCGAGUCCCGGCGUGCGAGACACUGACCGCUACUUCUUCCACGUCAGUCAGGAGGAGGAGCACGAGGAAUUCCGUGCUGCACUGCAGCGCGUCGAGGAGAAGCACAGGUCAAAGGUCACCAAGGUGAUGAAGGAAUGGGCCGAGCUUGAAGAUCGUUACCAGGAUAUGAAGAAGAACGACCCUAAUGCGGCCGAGACGUUCAAGAAAGAAAUGACGACCAGGUUCCAGAAGACGGUGGAGGCGUUAGAGGACGAGGGUCAGGCGGAGAAGCGGCAGGUCGUUGCCGUGCAUCAGCAGCGCGUCGAGGCGCGCAUCAACGACAACAAGCGCGUCGCCAUGGAAACCUACCGACAGGCGCUGGUGCAGAUACCGCCCCAGGCGCACAAGAUACUGAAGGCACUUCAGAAGUACAUGCGAGCCGAGGAGAAGGAUCGCACGCACUCGGUCAACCAUUUCAAGCAUCUGAAACGCACGGAUCCAGAGACGGCGCAGCAACUACAGUCCUCCGUACAGGCACAUCUGGUGAAGAUUGAAGAGAGGAUCAACCAGAGCGUGGCCAUGCUGCAGAAACUACCCGAGAUUGCCCGAAAGAUUGCACCUCAAGUUGAAUCACUCGUUGAAGACUUCAAGUAUACAGAGGUGGAUGUGAAGUUUGCAGAUGGUAGCGUCUGGGUGCCGGCAGACGUCUCUCUUGUCGAAAGUACAGAAUGUAAGGAAGUCGUAGAGGAGGAUAUUGCUAGUGACGAUUCCAGUGAGAGCGAUGAUGAUGAUACCACGAUUCAAACAACCACAGCUGAUGACAGCAAUGAUGCUAUAGACAGUGAAGACCACGUAAAGAAAGAUGCAGAUGAUGCAGAUGCAGAUGCAGAUGAUGAUGAUGAUGAUAAUGAUGAUGAUGACGAUGUCGAUGAUGACGAUGAUGAUGAUGAUGAUGACGUCUACUACGAUGAAGCUGAAGAUGAAGAUGAAAAUCAGGAUAUCACUACUGGUAAUCGCUACGAUGAAGAUGAUGAUGAUUACGAGGAUGAGGAGGAUGCCGUGACGACAACCGAAGCCAGCGAGAAGCCGGAGAUAGAGCUUCACGUGGAGGAGACCAUCGUCGAGAUUGCGAAGAAGGAGAAAGAAGCCGUGAAGGAAGCCAUAGUGCACGCGAACGAGGUGGUGCAGAUGGCCCACCACAGCAACGACCUGUUUGAUGUGGAGCAGUCGUUCAUGGAGGAGGAGGCAGCGAGCCACACGAAGCCGCACACCAACAGCUUCUACUUCCUCGCGUCACUUGGCGGCAUCGCCGUGCUCACGGCCGUCGUCGUCGGCGCGCUCGUCGCCAGGCGGCACCAGCAGCAGCAGCCGCAGCGCUUCGCGCCCGUCGAGACGCGCGACGUGCCAGAGGAGCGGCACGUCGUCAGCAUGCAGAACAGCGGCUACGAGAACCCGACCUACAAGUACUUCGAGAGCUACUCGAGUUAAGCGCGAACGCGACCACCGGGCGCAGCGUGCCGGAGAGCACCCUCUGCGUUUCCAUCCUUGCGCGUUUGCGCCCGAAGUCGCCGCGGACCGAGGAGAUGCGAAAUUUUCGCCGAAUGCGUUCGGCGUUCUUGCAGCGCAGCGCCCCCUACAUUUGUUUCCUUCGUUAAUAUUUGCAGCCACGGUCGCCGCCGGCCGAGCAGAUGUGAAUUCGGCCCCGAAUUCGUUCGGCGCUCCCGUGGCAGAGCAGCGCCCCUGUUUGUUUCCCGCGCACGUUUGCAUCACGGUUGCCACGAUCGAGUGACGUAAUUACCUUCGGCCCGGGUUCGUGCCCUCGUCAGUACCACGUUGACUGCGAAUUAGGAGAGGCAUGGCUAAAUUUACCCCCCCCCCAGUGCACACGUGUUGUAAAAUGUAGGCGUGUAAUUUUUCUGCACAUCACUUAUUGUUGUACUGUUAUCAUUGAAAUUUCUUCACUGAAGUGUGCGUAAGAAGGUGUGUGACGUAGAGUUUUAUACACAAACCACCCAUUCGUGCGAUUUUAAGGUCGUCAGCAGUGAGCAGUGUAAUUGCGGGGGAAGCGUCGAUGGAAAAAAGCUCACGUAGUCAAGUUGUCAUGCGGGAAACCAGCAUGCAUGUAAUUAAUAUACCAAAGUAAAAGUCGGUGUUCACGAUUACAGUAAUAUGGUACUCUUGCUUGUACGUGUCUCUUAUGUACACUUAUAGGUGUUUUAGUUUUUUUGUCCUGGCAGUUUACGAAGAGAGAGCUCCGAUUUGAUGUCGUUAUUCAUUCAGCUCGUGUGAUGCCCGUGCUAGUGAGUUCACGAUUGUAAUAGAACAUUUCGUCACUAGGGGGAGGCACAAGUGCUAACCAGGCACGUGUAGUCGGCUGUUGUUUUCUAGUUUUCCAUUGAAAAGAUUUUCUACAGAUUCCUCACCGUGUUAUAUCGUGUCUUGUAGAUGUGUCGUAUCACUUAAUCAAUGUAGCAACGGGAAGCACAACAGCUGAGCUUGAGAGCCGGCUGGUUCUUCUAUUCGCGUGUGUAAGCAAAAUCAAAAUGUAUGAGUAUAUUAACAGGCGUAUGGCACUAUUUGACAAGCGUAUAGAGAUUGUGUCUUGGCGCCGGGGACAUUGGGGUUCUAAGCUGUUCCUGUUACUACAGUAACUUUUCAUGUUGGCAAGUGUAGGAAAAAUUACCUUCCUACGAUUGUUGAGAAAUUGUAUUGUAGUGCGUUUUAAAGCGUUUAAGCGUGCAAACGUGUAUUACGCGUCUUGGCGUGUCUUGAGCGUUUUUAGCGUUUUGGAUAUUGUAGAACGUGUUUGGUGAACAAUUGGCAUACACAAUGUACUCCCAUUACCCGAUCGUCUGGGUGUUAAGAUCAGUUAAAUAUUAUAGUAGUAUUUUCCUUCGCUUUUCAAAGGACAAUCUGUCUAUAAAGAUUGCGUAUGCUUGCUAUCAACUAGACGCACAGGCAGCAGUAUUAGCAAGUAUUUCAAUGUCAGGCUGUAAGUUCAUCGAGUGGCAACUUGUAGGUGAAAUUAUACACCAUCGUGUAUAUGUUUAUAUUUUUUGUAAAAUAAUAAUAAUAAUAAUAAUAGCUUAGAGUGCGGUUUUUCAAAGUCAUUGAGGGAUUUCAAGUGAGGAGAUCCCGUCCUCGUUUGAAAGCUUUCUGUGCUUAGUGAAUGAGUGAUUGUAAAUACCAGACUAUGUGAUUGCGCAACUAGUUGAAGUACUAGGUUAAUUAGAUUAUCAUUAGUUACCCUUAUUUAAUUGCAAGAUUGCGUCGUUGGUGAGAGAUCUGCGCGUGGUUACGUGCGAGUCGCGCUGUACAAGCGGUAGUGUGUUGCAGACGGAGAGAUGAUGGUAAGGAUUAUUUGAUGCGGUUGUUGCUGACUGUCAUCUAAAGCGGAACAGUUGUAAGCUUGCGUAGACCUGAUUAAUAUAGUUAUUAAUAUAUUGCUGCACUACUGGAGCCAUCUGCAGCUGUCGGUGGUACAACACAAUCAUGCAGAUGCAUGUUGAAGUGUUAAUAUUUUAGUUACCGGACUGAGUGUCAGGUACUCGAAGCAAAAUUUAACCCGCGCUCUUCGCUUGCUGUUUCUUUCACGCCAAAAAGUUGAACGGAAUUAUUAUGUUAUGAAAAUAUUAUACUGAUCGUGUUGUAAUAAAUCUGCUUUGUAUGUAAACAUAA